AUGCUACCAGCCCCAGCGAUUCCGUUGCCGGGCAGCGAGGCCCCACCCGCGCCGCUGCCGGUGGCGGGGCAUCAGUUCUGCGCGCCGUACGUGGUGCCGCUCACGGUCACCAAGAAGGCCCUCAGCAUCUCCGACGGCGACUUCGUCAUCACCGACGCCAAUGGCGCCGUCGUGCUCACGGUCAAGGGAUCCAUUUUCAGCAUCCAUAAUAGCCGCGUCCUCCUCGAUGCCGCAGGCCUGCCCCUCCUCUCCAUGGAAAAGAAGGUAUUCAGUAUGCACCACCGGUGGGAAGUGUUCAGAGGGGACAGCACAAACGCAGGCGAUCUGCUCUUUAGUGUGAAGAAAUCUUCAAUGAUCCAAUUCAAGACAGAGAUGGAUGUCUUCUUGGCUGGAAACACCGCACAACAGGUCUGCGAUUUCAAGAUCAAGGGCAGCUACUUAGAUAGGUCCUGCGCCUUCUAUCUUGGCAACUCUGCUGCAAUGAUAGCUCAAAUGAACCGUAAGAUGACUGUUUCUAGUGUGCUGCUCGACAAGGACACAUUUGCUGUUACUGUGUUUCCGCAUGUCGACUACGUGUUUAUCGCGGCUCUUGUUGUGAUCUUGGACGAGGUUCACAGGGACAAAAACGAUUGAUGAAGUUUCGCCUCUAUCAUGUUGAUGUUGUUUGUCACUUAUUGUUUUUC